AUUAAGUUAUUAUUAAAAAUCUAAAAUUAUUAUUGUUAAAAAAAAGUUUUUUUAUUAUUUUUAAAAGUGAUUUUAAAUAUAAAAAAAUUAUUUAAUUUUAAUCAAUAUGAGUACGGAUGAAAUUCAAAGUCAACCUGAAAGUUCAAAUUUGGAUAAAAGUAAAAAUGAUUGGAAUAAAAUUGACAAAGAUGAAAAUAAUGCUGAGUCACAGAAAAAGAAAAUAAAAUAUCCUCGAGCAAUCCCAUUUAUUAUUGGAAAUGAAUUUUGCGAAAGAUUUACAUAUUAUGGAAUGCGGGCCAUUCUUGUUCUAUAUCUAACAUAUGAAUUGAAUUAUGAUCACAAAGAUGCAACAGUAAUAUUUCAUGUUUUUACAAUGUUGGUAUAUUUUAUGUGUAUACCUGGAGCAAUUAUAGCUGACAGUUGGUUAGGAAAAUUUAUGACAAUUUUAUCAUUGUCAUGUGUUUAUGUUCUUGGUAGCGUGUUAGUAUCAUUAACAGCAAUAGGACCUUUAAAUUUACCUGGAGUAGAAUUGACAAUGGUUGGACUGGCGCUAAUCGCAUUAGGGUCUGGUGGUAUUAAACCAUGUGUUGCUGCAUUUGGUGGUGAUCAAUUCAAAUUACCAGAACAAGCAAAACAUGCUGCAGUAUUUUUUUCAAUAUUUUAUUUUUCUAUUAAUUCCGGUUCAUUGGUGUCAACAACAGUAACACCAAUUUUGCGUGAAGAUGUCCACUGCUUUGGUAAAGAAAAUUGUUACCCCUUAGCUUUUGGUGUACCAGCAGUUUUAAUGUGUGUAUCAAUUGUAAUAUUUGUCUUUGGUCGACCUUUAUACCAACUAAGAAGACCAGCUGGUAACAUGGUGAUGUUAGUGGCAAAAACUAUUGGAGCUGCUAUUGUCGGCCGUUGUCGCAAUAAAAAAAAUGGUCCAAAAGAUCACUGGUUAGAUUACGCUGAACCUAAAUACGAUCGUCAAUUAAUUGAUGACAUCAAAGUACUGUUGAGAGUUUUAGUACUUUACAUACCUUUACCAGUAUUUUGGGCUUUAUUUGAUCAACAAGGCUCACGUUGGACACUGCAAGCAACUAGAAUGGAUGGUACACUUGGUUCAAUUGUUAUAAAACCAGAUCAAAUGCAAUUAAUUAAUCCACUCUUAAUUUUGACAUUCAUCCCAUUAUAUGAGGCUCUUUUCUAUCCAUUAUUAGCUAAAAUUGGUAUUAAAAGACCAUUACAAAAACUAUUUUGUGGUGGACUAUUAGCAGCUGUCGCGUUUACUGCUUCCGGAGUCGUUGAAUUGGAAUUAGAGAAAACUUACCCAGUUUAUCCUGCAGCUAAUCAUGCAGAUUUGAAAAUAUUUAAUGGUUAUAACUGCGCAUUCAAUGUUAAAACUAAUAUUCCAAAUAUUACACAAUUCGAAUUAAGACCUGCUCAAAUUUAUGAAAAACUUGCAAUUGAUGUUUCUAAAGGAACAAAAUUCACAUUAUCCGCGACUCCUACAGGACCUGAUUGUCCAACAAUUCCAGAAUCAACAUUAGAAUUAAUAAAAGAAAAGCCUAUGAGUUUAUUAAUUAAAGGAACUAAAGAUGAAGCUAAAUUAUAUAAAAACGAACAAAAAAUUGAUAAACCAGCAAAAGGAAAACCGGAAUUACAAAUAUAUGCAAAUACCGAAAGUUCUCAUAAAAUUCAGUUAAAGGAUGGGGACUAUGUUGCACUAGAAUAUAAUUAUCAAGAAAACGGCACUUAUAAAAUAACAGAAGUAUCGCAGGCAACUUACAGUUUAUAUGUGGAUAAUGUAAAAAUUGAAGGCGGACUAGAAUAUAAACAAGGAGGUGUCUAUGCACUUUUAAUUAGUAAAAAUGAAGAAAAGUACGUCGCUAGCAGAUCAACAAUAACACAACCAAAUUCAGUACAUAUGUUAUGGCUUGUACCACAAUAUGUUACAAUGACAUUAGGUGAAGUUAUGUUCUCUGUAACCGGUUUAGAAUUUUCGUAUUCACAAGCGCCGAAAAGUAUGAAAUCUGUAUUGCAAGCAUGUUGGUUAUUAACAGUUGCUUUUGGUAAUGUUAUUGUCGUUAUAAUAGCUGAAGCAAAAAUUUUUAGUUCUCAAGCAUUUGAAUUCUUCUUGUUUGCUGGCUUAAUGUUUGUCGAUAUGUUCUUCUUUGCAUUUUUAGCAUAUCGUUAUAAACCUAAUGUUGUAAAACAUGAUUCCGAAGAAGAAAAUAUAAUUGAAAAAACAGGAGACAGUGACUCAGAUGAUAACGAUAAUAAAACAAAAGAAAAACCUGGUGGAGCAGAUGGUGGUGGUAUACAAGAAAAAAUAGAAACUAAACCAUCAUCAUCAGAAAAUUAAGUGCAUUUAUACAUAAUUAGGAAUUGUUUUUAGUUUUUUUAUUGAA